GCGGACCCCGGAAGUGCGGCUCGAACUUGGUCGGGGCGCGGAUCCCGAGAGGGAAAGUCAUAACAACCGCACGAGGGAGUUCGUCUGGCGAGCUGGAAGGCCACGCCUCCUCCCGACUCCCCCCGCAGCCCUGUAGCUGGGGGCAGAGCUCAGACUGUCUUCUGAAGAUUGAUGUCUAUUUCCUUGAGCUCUUUAAUUUUGUUGCCAGUUUGGAUAAGCAUGGCACAAAUCCAGCAGGGAGGUCCAGAUGAAAAAGAAAAGACUACUGCACUGAAAGAUUUAUUAUCUAGGAUUGAUUUGGAUGAACUAAUGAAAAAAGAUGAACCACCUCUUGAUUUUCCUGAUACCCUGGAAGGAUUUGAAUAUGCUUUUAAUGAAAAGGGACAGUUAAGACACAUAAAAACUGGGGAACCGUUUGUUUUUAACUACCAAGAAGAUUUGCACAGAUGGAACCAGAAAAGAUAUGAAGCUCUAGGAGAGAUUAUUACGAAGUAUGUAUAUGAGCUCUUGGAAAAGGACUGUAACUUGAAAAAAAUCUCAAUUCCAGUAGAUGCCACUGAGAGUGAACCAAAGAGUUUUAUCUUUAUGAGUGAGGAUGCUUUGACAAAUCCACAGAAACUGAUGGUUUUAAUUCAUGGUAGUGGUGUUGUCAGGGCAGGUCAGUGGGCUAGAAGGCUUAUUAUAAAUGAAGAUCUGGACAGUGGCACACAGAUACCUUUUAUUAAGAGAGCUAUGGAUGAGGGAUAUGGAGUAAUAGUACUGAAUCCCAAUGAAAACUAUAUUGAAGUAGAAAAGCCGAAGAUCCAUGUACAGUCAUCUUCUGAUAGUUCAGAUGAACCAGCAGAAAAACGGGAAAGAAAAGAUAAAGUCUCUAAAGAAACAAAGAAGCGACGUGAUUUCUAUGAAAAGUAUCGUAACCCCCAAAGGGAAAAAGAGAUGAUGCAGCUGUAUAUCAGAGAAAAUGGUUCUCCUGAAGAACAUGCAGUCUAUGUGUGGGACCAUUUCAUAGCUCAGUCUGCAGCUGAGAAUGUGUUUUUUGUUGCUCACAGCUAUGGAGGACUUGCUUUCGUUGAACUGAUGAUUCAACGAGAAGCAGAUGUAAAAAGUAAGGUAACCGCCGUGGCGCUUACAGACUCUGUUCACAACGUGUGGCAUCAAGAAGCGGGCAAAACGAUUCGAGAAUGGAUGAGAGAGAAUUGUUGUAAUUGGGUCUCUAGCUCAGAACCAUUAGACACAUCAGUGGAAUCCAUGCUGCCCGAUUGUCCCCGAGUCUCAGCAGGCACCGACCGUCACGAGCUAACUUCCUGGAAGAGCUUCCCGUCCAUUUUCAAAUUCUUUACCGAAGCCUCUGAGGCAAAGACCAGUUCCCUCAAGCCGGCUCUGACGCGGCGCUCCCACAGAAUAAAGCACGAAGAGCUGUAAGAGGAGAACGAGCGAGACGGGGGAGGGGAAGCCAAGGCACCACACUCGAGCAUGCAUCCACACGUCUCCCAACUGCUUGUUGUCGGCGAGCAGACUCCCAGCCCCUCAUUAGAUUGUUUUCUUCCUAGAGCACAGGGUCGUGAUAUAUACAUCUAAAUAGCGUUUUGCAUUAUUUCUAGAUGAGUGCAACUGUCAAAGCAAUAUGGGUUCACUGGUCGUGCUUCCGCGGGCUGAGCUCGGGCUUCGCGCUGCCCGUCAGCGCGCAGAUUAAGGCUGACAGCGCCCUGCUCGGCGCGGCCGGCGCGCCUCUAAUUGCCCUGACGGAGCCCGCGCGGGCGCUGCGGGGCGAGCGGCGUCUGCGCGGUCCUACCGCCCGUUGCAGCGCAGCCGCCGCUUGCACCGGCCCCCGGCCCCCCUCGAUCAUGUCCGGUUUUUUCCUCCGAACAGAAGCAAACUUUUAUUCUAGAUUUCAAACUUACAUUUUGGGUUUUCGGCGAAGAGCUUCUUACGCCUCUUUUUUUUUUUUUCCCCCUAAUUAAAAGGAAGUUCCCCACAAACCUCCUCAGAAAAGCCAGAUUUAAAUUCAGAACGAGAAUGCCGUGAUGUACUAUCUCGCCUUGGGAGUGCAAAUUGUUCUCUAACAAUCUAUUUUCAUUUCAAGACCAAAAGAAAAACUUUGCAUAAAAAAUCUACAAAGUACCCAUUACACAUUACCGCUGAAAACCCUUGCCAUUUGAAUACGAGGUUUUACACAAGUCUCUAAUUUCAGAAGAGAUUGUUUAAACCAAAACGUAAUGAUGCGCAAAUCUUUUAAGGGUGAAAGGUCCCAUUUCCAACAGAAUUUCCAACUUUAUCAUUAGAACUGACUUUACUUUUUAAAUGUAUAAUGUGUAAAGAGUGGCAUUGUAAUUCAGAUCGCACACUUGUUUUGCUUUUUAAAUCCUAAUGUGGAGAAAGUUUGUUGUUGUUGUUCAUAACCCUAACCAGAACGACUGUCCUGAGCUUUCAUGGAGUGUGACCCUGUUAGGGAUGGUAUUAUGGUCAUCAGGAAGAUGAACCUGUGUGCUGUUCCACGUUUUCCUUGUGAAAGGCCAAGUGGGGCUAAAAUGAUUCUUUUAGGUUUCUGCUCCCACAGAAAGCGAAAGAAAGACCUGGUGUGAAAGAUUUUCUUCUCUCAAUACAGUGGCAUAAGUUUUAGUAGUCCCAUUUCCUCUCUACAGUUUCUACAGUUACUUUAAUCCUGCUAAUAUCUGGCCAACACUGUGAAAUACAAGAGGUAAAAUAAGUUAAGAUUUUGCUGACUUUUAAAUUCAAAUAUUAAAUCUUAACAUUAUCAAUUUUUAAUUACUUGAAUUUAAUUACCUAGUAAAGAUUCUGUUUCUAGCAGAUGAGGGUCUGAAUCUAAUAUUUUUUCAUCCUUUUUUAAAGUAUAUGCAACAAUAUGCCUGCCUUAUUUGAGGACAUGAUAAAAUGUACCCAAAAUGACUUAGAACUGUCUGACUUCUCAGAAAAAAAUAACUUAACCACCUCAUGGAUAAAAUGUUUUUAUAUUAUGAACCGAUUUCAGCAAGUUUUAAAACUGGUAAUAUCUGUGUUUGGUAUAUAAGUACAUUAAUUUGUUCUUAUAGUUUUAAUGAUGGCAAAUUAAAGUGAUCUUUUUUCAGUGGUCAUA